AUGGCCGAGGAGUUCCGAAUGGCUAAAAACCGGUACCCGUUUGAAGAGGUCGCCGAACCUUUAGCAAAGAAACCUUGCCCCAUGGCGAACAGAAUUACACUGAAGUUUGCAAAAUUAACCGAGAAAGCAUUGAUUCCCACUCGCGGGUCGAAGUUGGCGGCAGGAUUCGAUUUAUAUAGUGCCUACGACAUGAUUAUCCCAGCGAAGGGUAAGGCUCUCGUGAAUACAGACAUACAAAUCACCCUACCCGAUGGUUGCUAUGGACGAGUUGCCCCACGAUCUGGUUUGGCACGCGAUCAUUUUAUUGAUGUCGGCGCGGGUGUGAUUGACCAGGACUACAGAGGCAAUGUUGGCGUCGUCAUGUUCAACUUUGGAGAUAACGAGUUUGAAGUGAAGGCCGGGGACCGUAUUGCUCAACUGAUAUGUGAGAGAAUCUUCCUGCCAGAUCUCGUGGAAGAAAAGAGUUUGGACGACACUGAGAGAGGCGAUGGUAGUUUUGGCUCAACCGGAAAGACUAGGGACCUCGACUGCAGUGAUUAA